GUGGCGUAUUGCACCGUACGUCGCCGCGCGCGUGCGCUCUUUUCCACGUGCGUAAGACCGGGACGCGUGGAGCGGAGGAAGCCGCCGAUUUCCUGAGCCGUGCAGCUCCGCGCUUGCUAUGAAGCCAGGUUUCAGCCCCCGUGGGGGCGGCUUCGGUGGCAGAGGUGGCUUUGGUGACCGUGGCGGUCGCGGUGGAGGCCGUGGAGGCUUUGGCGGAGGCCGAGGAGGCUUUGGCGGGGGCCGAGGUCGAGGCGGAGGCUUCAGGGGCCGUGGACGAGGAGGAGGAGGAGGAAGAGGUGACAGAAGAGGAAGCUUUUCCUGGACUUGCCAGGCGGGGAGGGAGGAGCUGUGGGGUCGCCGUCUCUCAUUGCAUCUCUGCCUUGCAGGCGGCGGGUUCCAGUCUGGUGGCAACCGGGGUCGUGGUCGGGGAGGAAAAAAGGGAAACCAGUCCGGGAAGAAUGUGAUGGUGGAGCCUCAUCGCCACGAGGGUGUCUUCAUUUGUCGAGGAAAGGAAGAUGCACUGGUUACCAAGAAUCUGGUCCCUGGAGAAUCAGUUUAUGGAGAGAAGAGAGUCUCCAUUUCGGAGGGAGAUGACAAAAUUGAGUACCGUGCCUGGAACCCCUUCCGUUCCAAGCUGGCGGCAGCAAUCCUGGGCGGCGUGGACCAGAUCCACAUCAAGCCUGGGGCCAAGGUGCUCUACCUCGGGGCUGCCUCGGGCACCACCGUCUCCCACGUCUCUGACAUCGUAGGCCCGGAUGGUCUGGUCUAUGCAGUUGAGUUCUCCCACCGUUCUGGCCGUGACCUCAUUAACUUGGCCAAGAAGAGGACCAACAUUAUUCCUGUCAUUGAAGAUGCCCGGCACCCACACAAAUACCGCAUGCUUAUCGCGAUGGUAGACGUGAUCUUUGCCGAUGUGGCCCAGCCAGACCAGACCCGGAUUGUAGCCUUGAAUGCCCACACCUUCCUACGUAAUGGAGGGCACUUUGUGAUUUCCAUUAAGGCCAACUGCAUAGACUCCACAGCAUCUGCCGAGGCCGUGUUUGCCUCUGAAGUGAAAAAGAUGCAACAGGAGAACAUGAAGCCUCAGGAGCAGUUGACCCUAGAGCCAUACGAGAGAGACCACGCUGUGGUCGUGGGUGUGUACAGGCCACCCCCCAGGGUGAAGAACUGAAGCCCAGCACCAUCUGGAUCCCGAGAUAUUGUGUUGCUACUGUUACACGUGUUGUUUUUCUAUUAAAAGACUCAUCAGUC